AUGACAACACAAGCAUCGGGGAUUAAUUCUAAAUUACCUCCAGUUAGUUAUAUAAAGGUAAUUAAAAUUUCCAAAUUUUCUAAAUUAAAAAUAACUAAAAAGGCCGUAGAUGUUUGGAUUGGGGCUUGUUUAGCAUUUAUUUUUGCGGCAUUAUUAGAAUAUGCUUUAGUUAAUUAUUAUGGUAGAAGAGAAUUUUUAAAUAUAGAAAAGAAAGGGAGAAGAAUGGGAAGAUUAAGUAUGGCAUAUCAACAAGAAUGUUUAUGUCCACCACCACCACCACAAUUAUUAUUAUCUCCACAAAACAUUUAUCAUCCAGACUUUUUUGCACCAAAAACUUUAAAUAAUAAUAAUUUAACAAAAAAUAAUUCCUCCGAUUUAAGCAAAACUCCACUAAAUUUAGAAAAUAAUAAUUUUUAUCCAAAAAGACCUAAAAGAAUUACAAGAUUUGGAUUAAUAAUUAAAAGAAUUAAAUAUUUAUUUGGUUCGAAUAUUGAAUUAUCUAAACGUGUAGAUAUUGUUAGUAGAGUAGCUUUUCCAACACUUUAUGCCGGAUUUUUAAUUUUUUAUUAUCUUCGUUUUGUUAUGUUUCAGUCAACUGAAGGAUUUAAAUAA